CUAGAGGAAAGCUCACGCCGCACUACUUCAAUCACCAGCAGCUAACGUCGAGCUCGAGCACUCAAGCCAAGCCGACUAGAGGAAAGGGAGCGCUAGCGCGAUCGAUCCGUGCCCAGACUCAGAAAAAAUUCUGCAAACACUUCCAGCGUGACGCGCGCACGAUCGAUAUGAUGGCGAGUCCGGCGUUCUUGCUGCUCCUGCUGGCGGCGUCGAUCAGGGGCUCCGCCGCGGCGUGGUGCGUGUGCAGGGCGGACGCGAACGAGACGGCGCUGCAGGAGACGCUGGACUACGCGUGCGGGCAGGGCGCCGACUGCACCCCGGUGGCCACCGGCGGGAGCUGCCACAGCCCCGACUCCGUGGUGGCGCACUGCUCCUACGCCGCCAACAGCUACUACCAGAGGAGCAGCCAGACCAAGGGCGCCACCUGCGACUUCGGCGGCACCGCCACCCUCACCACCACCGACCCCAGCACCGGCACCUGCAAGUACCCUGCAUCUGCAAGCUCUGCAGGGACGAGCACGGGGAACGGCACGGCUCCAGGCGCUGGCGCCGGCGUGGGCACCAACCCUUCUUCCCCGGGAGGAGCGACGAACCCAGCCACGCCCGGCAUGGGAGGGACCUUCACUACUCCAAUCGGCGGCGCGUCCGGCCCCUCGGCGAGCAUCAUAGGCCCCGAGAGCAGCGACACUCCAGCUGCUACCGCUGCAUCCAUUGGCCUCCGUGUUUUGCUCGGCGUUGCCUCCGUCCUUGCUUUCUUUGUGCAGUGAUCUGAGCGUAAAGCAGAAUCACGUAGUGCAUUUGCUAGGGAUAUCAUUUCUGAUCCACUCAGCGCUUUGUUGCUUUGGUGGAGACGUGGCUGUCCUUCUGGAUUCACGUUUAUCUUUCUGCACGUCUUUCAUCUUCUUCUUUAUUAUUUAGCCUAUGUAUGUAGUUUGAUUUCUUUCCCUCAAGAUCCCGAAUUCCAGUCUCCGGUGCUUUUCA